UUUUCUUUUUGUAUUUUUUUCCCGUUUUUGUUGAAUUCUGCGUAAACGUCUGUGGUCGUAGGAUGUGAUGGAUUGUGAUUUAGGGCAGUGUGAAGUAUUCCCGUGAUGUUGAUCGAUGGGAGCUCAGUGAUAUCAAGUCAGUCGUUUUAGCCCUGGUCGUCAUUUCGAAGGUGAAACAACGGAGGUUGUUGAACUCUUGAACUGUGCGAGGGUGCACUUCAUGAUCGAGAGACAACCAGUACUUGACGGGAAAGGGGAUGAAAUAGUAAAGUACUCAGAGUUUUUUUGUGGCUUUAGUCUCCAGCAGUCUUGAAUGAGAAUUUUAAGUAGGCAAGGCCUGUAGCCAGCAUUUUUUACCGGAGGUUAUGGGAGCGCGUUCUAGGCCAGAUUCAAUUCAAGAUAGUAGCUUGUCUCGAGCAAGGGUGUGCAAAUUGUAGUAAAGAUGUUUUAAUCACAUAUUGCGAGCAUAGGAUGCGCUAGAAUCGAAUCUGAUGAUUAGUUACGUAUUUGAUGAGCUAUCCGAACAGUAGAUGUUGUAGCAGACGUUAUUUUAAUGCACAACUUCAAUUAUUGUGCACUAAGCGAACAUCGUAUGUUAAAUUAGUGCAUGGAUUUGUGACCUAAAAGCUUAAUUUCUUUAAUUCUAAAUUGUGGUGUGAUCCUCUUAGGACUUCUAUGAUUCCUUAAUCCUCGCAUCAUUCUUGGCAUUCAUGUUCUCUCUUUGCACAAUAGUGGGACACGCUACGACAGUAUGUCAUGGAAACAUGUGACUUGUUGAAGAAUACUGUUACUAGGAGUUUCGCCAAGAUACUAAACAAGCCGAUCCGCAGUCGGACUACCUUCUUAUGUUAUCUUAAUGCUGUUAUGAUGCAGCCUAAGAUUGCCAAGUAAGAAGGUAUCGAUAGAAACGUUCUGGACUGAAGCAUUUUACGGCUCUGCAUUUGUUGCUUCAAUCAUACAAUCAGCCAAUAUGGGGAAGCGAGUGAUAAAUAGACAGGUUGUUCACAAGUCCACUUACGAACGAAUUACAAUGCAGCCUCCGAAGUCGGAAAACCAAAUUGUUUCUUCUAAUGUCUUAAAGAACAGGAAGGCGGGCACUAAGACGUGGAUGCAGUUUGAUGCAUCUGGAAACUCUGAGAUCUUCGAUUGUGACAGGAACGGCCUUUUGAAACGUGUUACAGUUCCUGCUCGGGAUCUCCGCAUAUUGGGACCCAUAUUUUCAAAAUCUUCCCAUAUUCUAGCAAGGGAGAACGCAAUGGUGGUUAAUCUAGAAUUUGUGAAAGCUAUAAUAACAGCGGAGGAAGUUUUUUUUCUCGACCCUUUGGGUCGGGAUGUGAAACCUUUUGUGGACCAACUUAGAAUACAACUCAAUCCUGAGAAUACUUUACAGAUCGAUUGUGCAGUGCCGAACACGUCUCCUGGAAGACAUCUGAGCACAACAGAUGACAGUCAUCUCGAACAACUUCCUUUUGAAUUUCGAAUUUUGGAAAUUGCCCUUGACGUGGUUUGCAACCACCUUGAGGAACUCGUGCGUGACUUGGACAAGACGGCACGUCCAGCUUUAGAUCUUUUAACGAGAAGAAUUAGCAGAAGGAGUCUUGAGCUUGUCCGAUCGGUCAAGAGCCAACUUACUCAUUUAAGUGCUCGUGUUCAGAAGGUGAGAGAUGAACUUAUGCAACUCUUGGACGAUGAUGAGGAUAUGUCGGACCUCUACCUAACUCGGAAGCUACUCCAAGCCCAACAUCUGGUCUCUCCACUUUACACCAUCUAUUCAGACAGUGGGGUCACCGCGAGCUCCGCAGCAUCACGCAAAUUGGCACGAUUGUCUUCAAUAAGAAGUCAUGGUCAUACCAGCCGUCGCAGCUCAGCCACACAGAGCACGAGUCCAGCCUACGAUGUUGAAGAGUUAGAAAUGCUGUUAGAAGCCUACUUAAUGCAGGUGGAUGCUAGUCUUAACAAGCUCUCGCUGGUACGUGAGUACAUUGACGACACAGAAGACUAUGUUAACGUACGUCUUGAUCAUCAACGGAACCAGCUCUUUCAGUUUCAGAUUACCCUGGGAGCAUUGGCUUUGGCUAUUGCAACUGCUACAGGCUGUAUUGGAUCCUUGAGCAUGAAUGUUCCUGUACCACCAUAUCAUAACCCUAAAUGGUUUGCACCAUUCCUAGCCAGCGCCUUCUUCGUUUCUUGUAGUCUUUUUGUGGGUAUAUUAGUGUAUGUUCGAUGGAAGGGGCUCUUUGAGAAGUGAGACCAAGUGAGAAGCAAGUACCAAAAUGACACAAGUUAUUCAGUACAUGUUCUUUCCAAAUGAUGUUUAACUUAUAGCCUACGUUGACAUGUUGGUAGUUCCCCGGCUGAUUAGAAAUUGUCAGAUAUGUUUGAUUUGCGGAAUUUCUUUAAGUUCCUUAAAAAAUAGGCCUUAGUUAAGGAGAAUGAAGACCAACGUGGAAAGAACAGGUGAAAGACCUUGAAACUAUCACUUCCACGCAUGGUUGAAGGUGGUUCAAGAAAUGGUUAACCUUAAAAGGUUAUGAUAUGUGAUUAUGCAAAAAUGGAGUUGCCUGUUGAUUCUUCGAAACCAUCGGGCUAAGGAUUGAUCUGAUAUUGAGCGACGGACACGGUUGCCUUUCAUUUUGGACCCUGUUCAAAAGUUGGAGAGCCAAGCAUGUUUAAUCGCUCCUCAAAGUCACCUUCUGCAAAAGGUGACGAACCCAUCCCUGUUACUUAAGCUCUUGCUCAUACUUUCACUUAGUGUGAUGCUUCUUUUUACGAAGUACCGAUUUUGAUAUUCCCAAAUUGCAUCCUAUGUCAUGGCUGUACAUGUUCUGCACAUGUGGUCCACCAAUGUAUAGAUUAUUCAAAUAUAUUCCUAGUAUCGCUGUUUGAAAAUCUAUGAACCAAGCUUUGAUAAUUCAUCAGGUAAUUGCAUCGAUAUUUGAUCUUACUGAUUGUUACAUUUUGUACAUUAUUACAAUAAUAUGUUUUACUAAGAAUACUAUUUCUGUUUA